CUUACACCAAAGGCUUGUCGAUGAAUGUAAACUUCCGGUAGUGUCCGUGCGCUGCCUCUACCCCAUCGACUUCUAUCACGAACUGAUAUCCCCUAUAUACGUCUGAGCUUCUAUGAUCUGUGCUCUGCCCUCUUCGGUUUGAAACCUAGAUUUUCUGAAAAAGGAUGGAUACAUCAUUUGUGAAACUGCAGCUAACUGACUGGAGGAACAAGACAUGUUUCCUUCUGACUCGUCUAAAAUCUGAGGGCAAGGAAGGAUUGCAUUUGAUGCUUACCGAUGGAGAACAGUUUUGGGAGGGGGAGUUAACUGAGGAGGAUCUUGAUUCUUUGAGCUCUAAUCUGAAGAUGGAUUUCAACAGUUAUGUCGGCCAAACUGUCAUGGCUUUGACAAAACCUCAUAGUAGUGAGUUCAGCUUUGCCUACCAUCUUAAACAGCAAGCAGAAGGGGUGGUGGACUUCCUCUGGAAGAAGGCAGCAACAGAAGAUAUCAAGAUACUUAUGGGCAGUGUGCUUCUUCAUAGCCAAACAGAUGCAGUUAGGGCCCUUGCCCAUAUAUUUGAUGCCUGCAUUGGCUCAGCAGAAGAAUUACACAACAGAAUUCACUCUUUAGAGACUGAAAACCAGAGGCUGUCACAAGAACGACAAAAUGCACUAAAGCGUCUGGAAAAGUGUGUGAGUGCUAAAGAGGAGCUGGAAAGAGAUUUGUACUCCAAGUUUGUGACAGUUCUUAACAGCAAGAAGGCUAAGAUCAGGGCCCUGAAACAAGGUGAUGAAGAAAUCAUGGAUGUUAUAGAAGAGACUUCAAACACAUCUUCUAGAGGCCAAAAGAGCAGAGUCAACAAGACAUCUUCUACAGUUAACCUUGAUAAAAGUCUUCCAGGUGAUGACAGCCCCUAUUCAAACAAUGAAGAAGACAGAGCUGGAGACACAGAUGAUGAGAAGCCGGCCAAGAAGAAAAGGGGGCCUGUUGACCAGAGUGCAGGAGAUGGAGAGUCAUCACUUGUUCUUGGUGAUGAUGGUGGCAACAACCAGGAGAAGGAAAAACGGGUAACUCGACCUGUCAGAAACAGGGGAAGAGGUAAGCAACCACUGGCUAGACCUGCUAGGACUGUUCUACCAAAACUGUCCUCUCUGUCUUCAGGAGUUGGAAGCAGGUAUGCAUUGUCAAGUUCCAGAACAUCCAACAGAUCAAACAUGAGAAAAAGUGGGUCUGGUCAGUUAGACCGGUCAGGAGAUAACCUUGACACAGAUGACCUGUUGAAUGAUUUUUGACCUGUAUUUUGACUGUCAGUAUGAUUGUGCAUAGGCAGCAUUUAGAGUCAGAAUGAAUCACCAGGUGUGGUGUUUGGCUUCAGUUUUCUUGUAAAGUGUGAUGAAAAUUAGUAUAAAUGGGCAUUCCAUAUCAUAAAGAGUGGUAUAGGUGCAGCUAAGUUUAUUUACAGUCACAUAGGAAGUUUACCAUCACCUUUAACCCUCAAAUUAAUGCUGCAUGGAAGAAUGAACUUGGAACUUAACAGAAAGAGACCGUUAGGUACUGGCAUCAUGUUACCUGGAUGUUUUCUAAGUUUGAGCCAUCAAACCUGCAAUUUAGUGACAAUACCAUGCUUCCUGUAGUCUUGGCGGUAGUGUUAAAUUGCCGGUCAUAUUGAUGGUAGUGUUAAUCAAGCUUGAUCCAAAAGAGGAGGUAAUUAGAGAGUGGUUACAACUUUUAAGUUGUAAUCAUUUCAGUUGCUAAUACACUAAUUUCAACAGUUUUAUAUUUAGUGAGCAUUUUAAUGAUAUGUCAGCAAAUUUGUUUGAAUUUAAGUGAAACUUUUAAUGGUUAUCACCAGGCUGUAUGGUCAAAUGUAUUUGCAUUUGAUGAAAUUUUUAAUUGGAGAUUUGUCAUGAUAUACCUGUGUGUCACACAGUUAUGAAACAUUUGUAGAGAAGAAACUGUUGCACUAAUUGUGGUGGACUUUAUGUUUUUGAACAAGACUUUGAUUAAAGUGGGGAAAAAGUAGUGCUGUCCCUUUAAUUGCGUGUAAAAUGCAUUUAAAAUACAGUAUCACUGUGCAUACUUUAUCGUUGACAAACUUCAAAUUUAUAAUACUGUUUCACAAUAAAUCAUGCAGAAGAGUGA